GACCCGGGACCGGACGGGUGCGCAAGUGUGAAGUGAGCAUGGCAGGGAUACAUCAUCGAUUCGGACACAUUCAAAGUCGGGCAGAGCCCGUUUCAGCGUUUCUUUCAUGCCGUAAUUCUCUUUUCAACUCGUGGCGGCGCCGGCUUCUGAGCGAAUCAAACGAUGAGCUCUGUUCCAUUCUUGGGUUUUUCACCCGGACAGUUCCCCGGGACCAAUCAUGUCUCACAAUUGCCCUGCAGGGCAUUGUUGGCGAGUGCGAAUGCGCAACUUCCGGGUUUGUCCGGCAGCUCGGACUUUGUUUAGUUCACGAGGACUGAAUCUUCGAGUCCGGUUCAGUCGAAGUAUUGUCCACCAUGGCUUCUCAACGCACAACUGAGCCUCGAGUGAAGCUCUACUGGCUCAAUGAGUCCCGUGCCCAGCGUAUCGUCUGGCUUCUCGAGGAGCUCGGUCUUCCCUACGAUGUCGAGUUUUUCUACCGCGACGGAAACAUGCAGGCACCCCCUGAGCUGCGCAAAAUCCAUCCCUUGGGCAAAUCGCCCAUUGUCACCAUCACCCUGCCAGAUCCGGCAGACCCAACCAAGCAGAAGGAGGUCGUUUUGGCCGAAAGUGGCGUCAUCGCUCAGUACUUGACCGAGCAGUUCGCAAAUGGCAAGACCCUGCUCCCAAAGCGCUAUCGCGACGGCCAGGAAGGACAGCCCGGCGGGGAGACGGAUGAAUGGCUGCGCUACCAAUACUACUUGCAAUAUCCCGAGGGCAGCCUGAUGCCGCCGCUCCUGGUGGGCCUGAUUCUGCAGAUAUUGAAGGGUCCCAAGAUUCCCUUCUUCAUCCGCCCUAUCACGUCGAGCGUGGCCGACAAGAUGUCCGCCGCCUUUCUCAUACCAGAGCUGAUCCACCACCUAGACUUUCUCGAGUCUCAGCUCGAGACGUCCCCAGACAAUGGCAACUAUCUCUGCGGAAACGACCUUACUACGGCCGAUAUCCUCAUGAGCUUCCCCUUGCAGCUGGUGCGGGAAAGAGGCGCCGCAGUCCACGACGCCAGGGGCAAGGACAGGCUCGCGGACAAGUAUCCCAAGGUAUACGCGUACUUAAAGCGGCUAGAGGAGGAGCCAGGGUAUAAACGCGCUGAAGCGAAGAUCAAGGAGUUGGAGAAGAGGAAGGGUCAGACACAGACACCCCGCAAAUACUUUUCAUAGUAGUAGGCAGAUACCCCCUCUGAUACCUUUCAAGUACCUCAGCUAGUAGUAUAAUGACAGUCUCUCCCCGAAACAUUAUGCAGCUAGCCUCGCUUGA